UUGGUCGUUUUGGUUUCUGUUGUCUAAAUUCAAUUCAAACUAGUGGCUGUUUGCUGAGCUAGUUUUAGUGCUCAGCUGUUUUUUAUUUUAAUCCUAUGCGCUUAAUGUUCCCAAAAUUAUCAAAAAUUGUCAUUGAAUAUAUUUUUUUAAAUUUAAAAUUAAAUGUAAUAGUACUAAUACUUUUCAUGUGUAGUUGCACUCUUCAUGUAUACCAUAAUGUCCAUCAUGGUAAUCGGUGUACCAUGGAUUUUGUAUUUUAUUUGGAAGGGUGAAAAAAAAAAUUAAACAUUAAUAUAUAGCCACACACUACUAACAUAUUGUCAUUAAAAGGCUAUAUUACUGUUACUAUCAUUUUUGGUGUUCAGUGUUGAAAAAGGCUUAUAUUAGCUAAAGAGUGCAGGCUGACUUGUUUUGUUCUUGAAGAUUGGGACUUGACUCGGGACUCAAGUGUCAAGACUUGAGACUUACUUGUUACAUGCAACGUACUGAUUUGUUCCCACCUCUGCCAUCUACAUUUUGUGUGAAACUGACCAAUGAACACUUUGGAAAUCACAAAGGACUGACUCAUCACAUCAUUCUUCAUUCAGUCAACAUCAUAGACACAUGUGAAAUGGUUUACAGUUUUUGAAAGGCAAACUUUAACCCCUUAAAUGGCCAGGGCCCACCAGUGGGCCCAAAUUUUCAUUACACCCUUCUAUUACCUAAGAAUAGUUCAGCCAGUUUGCACUGGUUUCUUUAGUUACUGAAGUAUUAGUAUGUUAUUAAGCCUGGGAUUUUUAGGGGUUAACACCGAAGAGGCCUAACCAUCACCGGGCACAGACUAAGCUGUAGUACAUUUGAAAAAAAGUUUUAAAUUCUUCAAUUUUCUUCCUGUUUUUCAGUUAUUUCUUAAUUUUAUUAAUGUUCUUUCCAUUAUUCACUUUUAUUCUUGAAGCUCAUAACGAUAAUCAACCCUUUGAUGGACCGGGUGGCACCCUGGCUCAUGCUUUUUCUCCUGGUAUUGGCAUCGGUGGAGAUGCACAUUUCGAUGAUGAUGAGCGCUUCACUUCAGCUUCACCCCGAGGAAUUGUUCUGUUCUUGGUGGCUGCUCAUGAAUUUGGACACUCUCUGGGCCUCGCUCAUUCCAACGUCCGCAGUGCUCUGAUGUAUCCUACCUACUCAUUUGUUGAUCCAAGCAAAUUUGUUCUGUCAAAGGAUGAUGUCAGCGGAAUUCAGUCUCUCUAUGGCCCAAACCAAAAAGCUUGACGCCUCCAGACAUAAAGCCUUCACUGAAACACAUGGUUUUGAGUACGAAGUAAUAGGUGUGCUUAAUAAUGACUACAUCUUGCAGUGCCAUCUAAGCCAUGUCAAACCUGGAGCAUAGCCAAGUACAGAAAAUAUUGUUAAAUUAUUACAAUAUACUUUUUAUUGAUCACAUAUUUAAUAAAGUAAUCAUUCUGCACAUCUCAAUAUAUCCUGUGUUACUGUCUUUUAAGUACUCAGUGUGAUUCAGUUGAACAGAUUGACCUGCAAAAUAAACAUAUGUUAUAUAUGCAAAUUGUCUCUGAUUGUUCUGUUAUAUCGACUGCAUCAAAUAUGAUAUAAAUAAAGUAUAAUAAGAUAUAAAGAAAGUGGCCACAUUGUUCCUCUUGAGUCUGUAUGGGUCUGAAAUCCUGUUUCUUUUUCCUGAAGCAGCAAAUAGGGAAACCCAAUAGCAACAAAAUGCAAAGCAAUUACUACCCUCAAAAUUUGAAGGAGUUUUAUUAU